AAAGGAAGCAAGAACACUUUCAAUUUCACUCCAGAGAAGGGUAGGAGAAAACAGCCAUGGCCGACAAGGUCCUGAAGGAGAAGAGGAGGCAGUUUAUCCGCUCAGUGGGCACAGGUACCAUAAAUGGCUUGCUGGAUGAACUAUUAGAGAAAAGGGUGCUGAACCAAGAAGAGAUGGAGAAAGUAAGAGAUGAAAAUGCUACAGCUAUGGACAAAGCCCGAGCUUUGAUUGAUGCUGUCAUUCGGAAAGGGCCCCAGGCAAGCAACAUUUUCAUCAUGUACAUUUGUACCGAUGACUUCCACCUUGCCCAGACGCUGGAGCUCUCCCCAGGUCCACAACCUGAAAAUGACUUGCCUUUGCAGGAUGCCCAAGCAGUGUUUCCUUCCUUCUCAGCUCCUCAGCCAGCGCAGGACAACCCAGCUAUGCUUGCAUCCUCAGGCCCAGGAAGGAGCCUCAAGCUUUGUCCCCUUGAAAAAGCCCUAAGGAUCCGGGAAGCACAGUCAGCAGAGAUUUAUCCAAUAAUGGAAAAGUGGAGGAACCGCACACGUCUUGCUCUCAUUAUCUGUAACACAGAGUUUGACAAUCUUCCCAGAAGGUCUGGAGCUCAUGUUGAUAUCAGAGAUAUGAAGAAGCUGCUAGAAGAUCUGGGGUACAGUGUGGAUGUCAAAGAAAAUCUCACUGCUUCGGAAAUGACUACAGAGUUGAGGGCAUUUGCUGCCCGCCCAGAGCACCGAACCUCUGACAGCACUUUCCUGGUGUUCAUGUCUCAUGGGAUUCAGAAAGGCAUCUGUGGGAAGAGAUAUUCUGAACAAGAUCCAGAUGUAUUAGGAAUCAAUGAAAUAUUUAGAAUGUUGAAUACCUGUAACUGUCCAAAUUUGACCGAUAAACCCAAGGUGAUCAUCAUCCAGGCCUGCCGUGGUGAGAACUAUGGGGUGGUGUGGUUAAAAGAUUCAGUAGGAUCCUCUGGAAACUUAACCUUACAGACUUCAGAAGAUUUUGAGGAUGAUGCCAUUAGAAAAGCCCAUAUAGAGAAGGAUUUUAUUGCUUUCUGCUCUUCGACACCAGAUAAUGUUUCCUGGCGACAUCCUACACGGGGCUCUCUUUUUAUUAUGAAGCUCAUCGAGAAUUUCCAAGAACAUGCCUGGUACUGUCACCUGGCGGAAAUUUUUCGAAAGGUCCAAUUUGCAUUUGACCAGCCAGAUGGUAGGGCACAGAUGCCCACCACUGAAAGGACCACUCUGACAAGACUUUUCUACCUCUUCCCAGGACAUUAAAAUAAGAAUCCAGGAGUGCCGCCAUUCUGUACCUGUUUUAGGGAUCAAACAUGUAGGAAACAGAC